ACUCUUUUUGACAAUCCCCGGUUAAAUUACGCCUUUAUUGAAUUUUGUAUGUGGAUGUUUUUGUUUUUUUUUUUAACCCAAAAGUCGAAUUCGCCGGUCUCUUGUCCACGCACAAUGAGUCUGGUGCGCGCUACUUGUUGUGCGUCUCCGUCCCAGAGUCUGUGGAUCGCCUGUCUUUGAUGAUGGCGACAUCUGGUGGUGCAGCGAGGACACUGCGGGUUAAAGCGAACUCUCCCUUCUUGUCCCUGGAUUCCUUCCGUAGCUUACCCGUUUGCUGUCGCACUUUCUCUUUAACUUACUGAGGAGAAAAAAUAAAGACAGUCUCUGCGGGAAAAUCUGUUUAACGAAGUAUCGAUGCCAGCAUGGACUCCUGUGAACCACAGCUGAUCGAUGACUGCCUGAUUCAAAUUUUUACAUUUCUUACCGAGGAAGAUUUAAUUAAUGUAUCAAGUGUGUGUAAGGAUUGGCAUGAAGCUGCAGAGACUCCUUGGUUAUGGAGGAGGAUGUGUCUGCAGCGCUGGGGUUUCUGUAACCUCGCAGUCUUGGGGAGUGAACAGGCGAAUCACUCCUGGAAGAGAUACUUCCUGCGACGAUCCCACUUGGAGAAGAACAUGACGAAAGGUCGCACAGGAGGCUAUACCUGCAAAAGCCUGAGGGGGCACACAGGCCGGGUUGUGGGGUUUGUUUACCUAAAGGCAACUUCAAGCCAGCUUCCAGAUUUCUGGAGCCACAACGCCACAGUCUGCAGUGCUUCUUCUGAUGGGACGGUCCGAGCAUGGAACAUCCAAAACGGUGAGCCCCUGUGGUGUAGUCCUGUACAGAGUCCUUUGAUGAAGAUUUUACGUGAUGAACAGCAUGAAGUUGUGAUCACAGCAGAUUCUCAGGGCCUGAUUAAGACCUGGCAAGGCCAAACUGGCCAGGAGUUGGCCUCCUUUUCUACUUCCUCAUCACACUGUACACUGCUACAGUACAACAUAGACAAUGAUUGGUUUCUAACCGUUGGAACUGGUCAGGGAUCUGUGUGUACACUAGCAGGUCCUUCGUUGACUAAAAAGUCCAGUAUUAUAGUGUAUGACACCUUUAGUGUCAACAUACUCCUAGCUUCACCUGACAAGAAAUGGAUCACAGCUGGAACUACGGAGAAUAAUGAUUUUUGUCCAAAGGUGUUUUACACUGAGAGUUUGACCUCUCCGUCUGAGGAUGAAGAGCCCCUUUGCCAGUCUGUGCCAGUCAUUGGGUGCCGGGCUGCUGUCUUCAUACCCACCCAGCCUGCCAGACUGGCUGUCCUUCACCACAACGACCUCGAACGCAAAAAUGACAUAACCAUCUUUGAUAUCAUCAUGAAAAAGACUAAGUACAAGUCCGAGAUCAUAGUCCAGCAGGUCGAGUCUUUCCCCUUGACAUUAAAUGCCUCGUCCUCAAACAUCCUCCUAGCAGCCAAGGACAGCAACUGCAUAGUGCUGGCAGCUGGUGAACAGCUAUGGGUUUACUCACUGAAAGGAGUCAUGCUUGCUAGCUUUAAAGAACAUACUCUGCCAAUCUCUUCCAUAUGUGUGGACAGUUUUCGUGUUGUGACAGCAUCCAAGGACCUUUCGUUACGAGUGCUAACCUGGAAAAACGACAGAGACUAUGGGUUGACACUGGAGAGCCGAUACCACUUACUGGGAGGCUCUCACACAAUGUCCAGAGGGUUUACUCACGUCGCCUGUGACUACUCCAGCAUUGUGGCCUCGGUUGAAGGGAAUGAUGGAAAAGAUGUCCUAAAAGCUUAUUCCUUCAAUGCCUGAG